ACUUUCGAAUUACUCCAUCGCCAUGCCCACAUGGAGCUCUUCAAUCUUCAUUUCUUCUCUCUCGAAGCGUAGAAGACAAUCAUAAAUUUGUAAAGCACAGCUUCCGCUACUGUCUGAAAGGGACCCCUUUAUAUCCAAUUACCCCUAAAGCAAGCAAAAUUUGCACCAACACUUGAGAGCCCAGAAAGCUCCGGCUCCAACUCUUGCCGCUUCUUCAGAUUCCGGGAAGCAUGAAACAGUUGCACAAGCAAUCGGCUGUGAACCACCGGCGAGACGAAGAGAUCCCCUUAGGGUUGGGGCCAGCCUCCCCGUACUCGCCCAAAACCUUCAAGCACCCGAGAUCGCUCCCUAGAUCCCUCAACUACCUUUUGAAAGAGCAGAGGCUCCUCUUCAUCCUUGUCGGCAUUCUCAUCGGCUCCACAUUCUUCAUCCUCCAGCCGACCCUCUCCCGCCUCGGCCCAUCCGAGCCCAACUCCUCGUCCUCCUCUGCCUCCAUCAUCCCACGCUCCUUGUCCACCUCCCAUAACGGCCAGGCCUCGGCCCAUUACCCAAGGACUCUCAGCAAGGUCGGGAGGGUUCCAGCUGGGAUUGGACGGCGGAGAUCGAGGAUCGUGGUCACCGGUGGGGCGGGAUUCGUCGGCAGCCACCUCGUCGACAAGCUUCUCGAUAGAGGGGACGAUGUGAUCGUCAUUGACAAUUUCUUCACCGGCAGGAAGGAGAAUUUGGUACACCGCUUUGGGGACCCCAGGUUCGAGCUCAUCCGACACGACGUCGUCGAGCCGAUUCUUCUGGAGGUGGAUCAGAUCUACCACUUGGCUUGCCCUGCCUCCCCGGUUCAUUACAAGUAUAAUCCUGUCAAGACCAUCAAGACUAAUGUGAUGGGUACCCUGAAUAUGUUGGGUCUAGCAAAGAGAAUUGGAGCGAGGUUUUUGCUCACGAGUACGAGUGAGGUUUACGGAGACCCACUUGAGCAUCCCCAGAAAGAGACUUAUUGGGGAAACGUGAAUCCAAUAGGUGAGAGGAGCUGCUACGAUGAAGGAAAGCGGACGGCUGAAACUCUGACAAUGGAUUAUCAUCGAGGUGCAGGUGUUGAGGUAACAUAUUCUGAGAUUUUCGUAUACAUUUUAGCAAUGUUGAUUGGGUAUUAA